AUGAACCCUGUAUUACUAAUACAAACGGAAAAGUCGAGGUUCCUAAACGCCGUGCUUCAGUAUGAGUAUUAUUGCUGCCUAUUUUUCUACAAAGAUAUUGUGUUAUUUUACAACAACACUUAUCUUCAUCGAAGAUUCUUCAAUAACCGGAAUUACUCGGCUGAUGCUGAUAUCCUUGGGUUCUACACUGUUGUCAUCGGCGUUUACGCGUUCUAUCAUGGCAUUCUCCUACGUAUGAGAAUACACAUGACAUUGAACGACGACGAGAAGGUCGCAUUCUUUCUCGGUUGCAAGCAACAAGAGAUAAUAAGAUUUGCGCACUAUCUACUAUGCCAGGGCAUACAACUAUUCGCAAAGGUACAUGUCAUGGAUUCAGGCAGCAAGAGGGAUUUCUUUCUGGAGGAGUUCUUCAAACGAAAGGGUAAUAGAACUCAUCCGGCGAUCAGUGUUUGGGGUCGCGAUUUCAAUGGCGAAGGUGCACGUGGGGAGCCCACCUGGACCCCAUGGGCUUACAUCGAGAAGGUUCGUGAGUCCGACCCGCAUCUACGGAGUGCCAUACACUUGUGGGACUCCGACCGUCUAGAACAGAUGAGAACGAUUCCUCAGGGUGCCAGAAGAAUCGCCCGGUAG